GUUGCUAAAGUCUUAGUUUGUCUUGAUUAUUCAACGGUUGCCUUAUGCCGCUUGCUUUCAGCGUACGUGACAGAUUGGUCAAAUGUUCCGGCAAAUAAUUUCAGACAUUCGAAAGUAGCUCCAGAACAUUACCACAUAUUUGUCGGGGACCUGAGUCCAGAAAUAGAGACUCAGACACUCAGAGAAGCAUUCGCGCCUUUUGGUGAAAUAUCAGACUGUAGAGUGGUUCGAGACCCGCAGACCUUGAAAUCCAAAGGGUAUGGCUUCGUCUCGUUUGUCAAAAAGGCGGAGGCGGAAAGCGCCAUCGCCGCCAUGAACGGCCAGUGGCUGGGGAGCCGGAGCAUCCGCACCAACUGGGCGACGCGGAAGCCGCCGGCCCCCAAGAACGAAGUAAACGCGAAGCCACUGACUUUCGACGAAGUCUAUAACCAGUCGAGCCCCACCAACUGCACGGUAUUCUCCACCAAGGAGUCUGCCACGCACGCCAUCGUCGCGGUACACAACACGGAUAUCAACGGCCAGACGGUGAAGUGCUCCUGGGGCAAGGAGUCGGGCGACCCUAACAACGCGCAGGCCACGGGGCAGAGCUACCCCACCACCGCCGCCACGGCCGCCGCUGCGCAGAUGCAGGGCCAGUUCCUGCAGGGCAUGCAGGGCUACACCUACGGCCAGUUCGGCUACCAGCAAGGAUACAUGGGUCACAAU